CUGCUGGGAAGUGAAUUUUACGAAAUUAGACGAUUUGCCACAGCCGUUUUCCCAAAYGAAAUGUAAARCUUUAUUUUCUAAAAUCAGUCCGUAUGGAGUGGAGCGACUGCCCUUCAGAUGUGACUAUCCAAAGUCCGCCAAAACUGACACGMAUAGUACAUUUUGACUCGUCAAAAUUUCUCCUCGGUGCUGGYCCGAGGCCAAGUUCUCAACAAAAUGGCGACGAAGACGACUGUAGUAUGARCGAGCUGCCAAACCAGUUUUCUCUUCCGGMUUUGGCUGGUGAGGUGGCUGACGCUCAAAAGCAACAGGCAAAUGAGCUGAGCACUAGACAGCAAGUCUUAGAGGAACUUCAGAAAGAACACUGCAAAGUGCAACACAUGAUAGCAAAUGUAAAAGAAGAAGUCUCGACUAUAACUAGAAAAGUGGUGUUAGCUGAAGAAGAGGCAUUUCAAUGCAAACAUCAAUGUCAACAGAGAGAAAAAGAUGUGAAAGAGCUACUWGAGUUGCAAAGGMAACUUAAAACUAAAGUCAAAGAAACUCAGAAUMAGCUUGAAAAGAACAAAAUAGAAUAUAGCCAUUAUGUUGAUAAAAUGGAUUCACAUCGUUCAYUAGUGGCAGAGUUUGAGUUGUCAUCAGACAUUGGCAAGCAAAUUUCAAGACUUGAAGAGAAUAUUAAAUCUCUUUCUGAAGAAGUCUCCUUGCUCAAGGAUGGCCAAAAUCAAGGUGAGAUGGGAAUUUGUGAGGAAUAUGAAAUCCUUCAAACAGAAAUUGCUCAUCUCCAACAGAGCAAUCAAGAUAGGGAAAAUGAAGUGAAACAGCAACAUCUUCAGAUUAAAAAGGAAAUGGAACGCCAAGCACAGUUACAGAAAGAUACCCAUCUCUUACAGAAGCGCAACCAYGCCCAAUUGACUCGUCUUCAAAGACAACUUCAAGAAGCACUGGGACGAAGYAGACAUUGGAAUGACGAAGCUUGUAAGCUAGAAACUAGCAUUGCACAAAUACGCGAAAAGUUAGAAGAAUGAUUUGUAAGUGAUGAUAUAACCCUACACAAUAGUUACAGAGGUUCUAGAUAAGGUUAUUUUCUCUACACUUUCCCAUGUAGUGGCAGGGCAGAUUUUAUGCAUUUAGCCUACAGAAUUCUUAUUUGUAAUUUWACAGAGGUAUUUUUCGAUGCAAUGCUGGAUAUGUCUUCGCUUGUGUGUAGUAUAAAUCUCAAAGAACAAAAACGUUUUUGGCAUAGUUGAUAGUUUUCGAGGUGAAUUUCCUUUAGUCAACUUAAAAUUAUCAAAUUUGGUACAUAUGUACUAGACAAGGUAGGAACCAGCAAUUCCUACUAUGUUAGCCAAAGAAUAAGACAAUUGGCAAGACUACUCAAAGCGCUUAAAGAGAAAGACGAAUCCCUCCACCUUGAGGAUUAUAUCSACCCAACAAGGUAUGACGAGAUUCUUUAAUAAACAACAACAAGAGACAUUUGUCAAUUUGAUGUACUGACAAGAAAGGUGUCUCUCCCAAGUAUCGCCCUCCACCUUGGUCACUCCGUAAAAAAGUGUGCCAUUAUCGUCAAACGAGAUGCACUGGCUAAGUCUCGCAAAGGUCACCCUGGCCAGGGUUAUUCUUUUCAACAAAAGAAGACCUCUAGAAACAAGGCAAAUAAAGAUGUCAACAUUUAAUAACCGCCCCAAGUGGAGCAAAAGCAACAGUAGUACACUCAAAAGUUCCUUGACACCUUAAUUGGAAAGACAGCUAUGAAAAAGGUAAAUAAAAAUCUUGAACUUGGUGUUUGACACUACUACAGUUGAUUAUUUGAGUCAGCUUUAUUAAGAUUUGUUCAUCUUACAUUUGUAUCUCAGAGUUUGAGAUCUUGUUCUUUGCAUUUUGGAUGUAUGAUAAUUUGGUCGAAAUGACCUGUAUUCUUUAAAUCCAAUGAUCUGGAAAAUUCAAAUCGAUAGUCACAAAAAAAAUUUUUUUAUCUAGAAUGACUUAGUCGAGAUGAUUGGGAAAUGUAAGAGGAAGGUGCCACUUCUUUUGACUUCAGAAACAAGAGAGGUCAGAGAGGGGAUUGAAUUUCUUAUAAAAUAAAGGCCAAUAAGCAUAUGAGAGCUACAGUUGUAAAAUUAUAUGUUGACUGAACUAUAUUUCCCAUUAGACCGCUCAUACCACCACAUAUAUACUUGGUGUCUGUUUUAUGAGCUUUAAUUUAGGAGUACAAGGAAAAGGUAUUAACUAGCACAGUAAGUAAAAAAAGCUUUAUUUGGCAGGGCUUCUUACAACAAAAAUUAAAUUAUAAAGUACAUUAUUUUGGAUGCAGCAAAUACUGAAUAUUAUUACCAUUCAAUAUUAAAUGAAUCCUACCUCUAGUGUACAUCAAAACAUGUUAGUAAAAUAACAUUAGUAUUUCAAAAGUACAUGUUUUAUUUUAUGUUUUAUGGAUUUAAUAAUAAUGUCUGCA